AUGGCUGAUAGCAACUAUGAUAGAAGUGUGAAUACUUUCUCUAAGUUAGGUUAAUUACUUCAAGUUGAAUAUGCUAUGCAAGCUGCUAAAUAAGGUAGCACUUCAACUUCUAUUGGUAUUAAAGUUAAAGGAGGAGUUAUUUUGGCUGCUGAAAGAAAGUUCGAUUCUUUAUAAGAAUCUAGACUUAUGAUCCUUAACCACAAUAUAAAAAUCUAAGAAAUCGAUACUCAUAUUUGUUGUGUUCCUGCUGGUAUUAUUCCUGAUGCUCGUACUUUGAUUGAUUACGCUAGAGUUGAAUCUUAAAACCACAGAUUCACUUACAACGAACCCAUGAGUGUCCGCUCUUUAACUCAAACUGUAUCUGACUUGGCUCUUAACUUUGGUGAAGGUGAUCCUUCUCUUAAGAGAAAGCCCAUGCCCAGACCUUUUGGUGUAGCCUUGUUAAUUGCAGGUGUUGAUGAAACCGGUCCCAGACUUUUUAAGACUGAUCCUUCAGGUUCUAUGAUGGAAUAUUAAGCUACUUGUAUAGGUUGUGGUCAAGAAGGUAUUUAGCCCACUCUCGUUGAAAAAUAUGAUGAAAAUAUGAGCAUAAGAGAAGCUGAAGUUUUAGCUCUUUCAUGUUUAAAAGAAACUAUGGAAUAAACAGCAAGCAGAGAUAAUCUUGAAUUAGCAGUUAUUCCUAUUGAAGGAGGUUAAUUUAUUGAAAGAACUCCUGAUUAUAUUGAUGAAAUCCUUUAAACUUUGGGCUGA